AUGGAAGCUGGUGUUUCUGCCCGCAAACCAGCCGUUGAAAAAACCAAUGCUGCUGAAGCAACCAAAGAGAUUGUAGUAGGAGCUGCGGGGGGCAUAACGCAGGUUCUAAUCGGACAACCUUUCGAUAUCGUCAAAGUACGGAUGCAAACCCAAGUAAAUGAGAAUGCCCUUCGGGUUGCGCAGAACAUCUGGGAAAAGGAAGGUCCGUUGGCUUUCUACAAGGGCACUCUGGCGCCGCUUCUGGGAGUUGGAGCUUGCGUAGGUCUCAACCCUCACCCGCUCGAACAAGGCAUCUGA